GUUUAGAUCCGUCCCGCCUUCUUGUCAGAGAAGUCUCACCUUCAUUCUCUCCACUGGCUGAAAAAUGGAAUUGGACGACGAUCGAUUUCCUGACGUCCCAGCGGUUCUUACACAUUCCACCUUCUCUCAGAAAUACAGAGAACACUUACAGAAUGCGGGAAUAUUAGACAUACGCUACCGUGCCCAGAAGCUGGAGGAUGGUACGGUGGCCCUUCCAGUGCUUAAAGAGAAGAUCAGUGUGUCUGUCCUGAGAGAGCUCAUGGAAGCCGUGGCCCCUGGAAGCUCUUGUAGGGAAACGUUGAUCAAGAACCCUGUCCUCUCCAAACGUGCCAGGGUUCAGUCUCCGGCCCAGAAGUUACGUAUGGACCUAUGUGAGCUGUUGGAGCACCAUGGCAUCCUCUGGAGGAGGAACCUGGAGCACGACCUUCCGCACUCAUGGCAGCGACACGGCGACUUAGUCGUCCUCAGCGGAGACUGCUUUUGUGAUCCUUUAUGGAAGCAGCUGGGUAUGGAGCUUUGGGUGCAAGUAGCGAGUUCUCUUGGAGUGAAACGCGUGGCCAAGCAGGGUCAGAUACAAGAUGAUGGCUGGAGGACUCCGAAUGUGACCCUGCUGCUUGGGGAUGAUGGAUGGGUGGAGCAUGUGGAUAAUGGCAUCAGGUAUUCGUUUGAUGUCACCAAGUGCAUGUUUUCUGCUGGAAACAUUGCGGAGAAACAGAGGCUAUCGGCACUUUGCUGUUCCAAAGAGACGGUGGUGGAUCUCUAUGCAGGUAUUGGUUACUUUACUCUCCCAUUCCUGGUCCACGCCGCUGCUGCCUUUGUUCACGCCUGCGAGUGGAAUCCUCAUGCUGUAGAAGCCUUACGUAAAAACCUGGAAAUCAACCAAGUCUCUCAUAGGUGCCAAGUACACGAAGGAGAUAACAGAGAGUUGAGGUUGGAAGAUGUGGCCGACCGUGUGAAUUUGGGCCUGAUCCCCACAUCAGAGGCUGGUUACCCCAUAGCUUGUAAACUCCUGAAGAAAAAAUCGGGCGGGGUGCUCCACAUCCACCAUAAUGUCAACUGCUUUCUCGGCAAGCAAGGACUGGACGCAGAGGACGCCGAGGAGAAACUUUGCAGUUGGAGGACGUUGGCUUGGAGGAAGUGGGCGGAGUCGGUAGAGAUUAAAAUCCAGAGCAUGCUUACAGAGGUUCAAGGUACCCCGUGGCAAACAAAGGUUUUGCAGGUGAAGAAAGUGAAGUCCUAUGCUCCUCACGUGGACCAUGUAGUCUUGGAUCUUGACUGCCGUCCGUUGUCAGGCCUGUGAUGUUGGGGUUUUUUUUUUUUUUCUAAUGUUUUAUGCAUUUCUAUUGAUCAUUAUCAAUACCAUGUGUCCUUAACUAUUUCUAAAAUGCAAAAUAAUA